UCACGUUAUUGUGCGAGAAGUGCUGACUGACUUUGAGAGGGUCAAUGAAGUGAACGAAGGCAGAGUUCGGUUGUAUAUCCUCAACAUGGGGAAUAUGAUGUAUGCGUAUGUAACGCAUCCAGAUACCGCUCCAGAUAUUAAAAAUCCUCCCACUUUUAAUCCAUUAUUAGGAUUUCCAAAUGGACGAAAGGAAAGAACCAUCGAGGCAACAAGGGAAGAAUUAGAUCGAGCAGCCGUGCCAUUGGACAAACGAGACUACUGUGUUGAUUUCUACCUAAAGUAUUUGCGGUGUCGGGAGCAGGCAUUUCCAUUUGUGAAGUCCUCUUGUCAUCAUGAGUGGCAUGAGUAUGACGUCUGUCAGUAUGAAGACUUUGUGCUGCGCAUGAAAGAAUAUGAAAGAGAAAAAAGACUGAAAGAAAGAGCCAAGAGGAUAGAAAAAAGGAGAAAGCAGAAGAUGUGAGAGAAUAGUGUUCAUCAUUUUCCAUUAUAUGGAACCUUCUGCAGCUUCUCUUCUGUAGUAGUAAUGGUAGUGCCGCACUUUACUGUUUUCCAGAUACUUUUAGAAACUUUUAAAGACAUUUAAGCAGCAUUCUUAUCCACACACUCCACUCCUGUUCAGUCACAGGCCAGCACAGGCAUCAUAGGUUUUUCAUUACAAAUGAAAGUGCCAAUGCCAGAUUUUAACAUCUGUGAAAAGAUUUGUGUGGAAUGAAAUUAAAUAGAUUUUCAUGUAAUGUGUGCAAGAAAAAUGUUUAUAUACAAUGUUUCUGGCAUAUACAUUAUGCUGAGCACCUU